AUGGCGCUGGUCCACUUAGGAUUCGCACUUGCGAUUUUAUUUAACGGUGUUUUAGCACAACGCAUGCCAAUAAAAGAGGCUCUGUUUUUAAAUAGCGACGCCUUUAAUACCUCUUUGGAUGAUUGCGUGUGGCGCCGGGAGCGUGAGCCUUGUCCAGAUCCUGAUGUUACCAUCAAUUUAUAUACAGAAGCUGAACCAUUUAAGAAAGAGGUGGACUUAUUCAGCGAGGAUUGGCUGCGUCAAAGUGGUUGGGAACCUUCUCAUGAGACCAUUUUGCUUAUACAUGGCUAUGCCGGCGGGGAUGACACUCUGCCUAUAGUCGUUUUAAGAGACGCGUAUCUGCGUCGCGGUGGGUACAACGUGUUUAUGUUGGACUGGGGUCGUCUUUGCCAGCCUCCGUGUUACGUCGCCGCCGUACAUAAUCUACGUCCCGUAGCUAGAUGUGUCGCUGAAGCCUUCGGUUCAUUGAGACGAGCUGGUCUAAGACCGGAUAGAUUGACGUGCGUGGGACACUCGCUCGGGGCUCAUAUGUGCGGCAUCAUGGCAAACUAUUUGAACUUCAGACUUAACAGAAUAAUUGGUUUGGACCCUGCAAGACCUCUUAUUAGGUCCGCGCCCCCGCUUCGUUUAGACCCAGGAGAUGCUCGCGCUGUUCAUGUAUUACACACUAAUGCUGGGAGGUACGGCGAAGGUGCCAGGCUUGGACAUGCGGACUUCUGUCUCAACGGUGGAAGAAGUCAACCAUAUUGCGAGGAUACCCCCAACGAGGCAUUGUGUAGCCACGUGUGGUCUAUCUGUUAUCAAGCUGAGAGUUUGUUCAGAAUGCGACCGGCGUCUCCUUGUGGUCGGAGGUGUUCAGUCAGAGUUCCACCAGCUAGGGCCGCAGCUCUACCUGUGCCUUUGGGACAACCAGCGCCGAUGACUGCGUCAGGAGCCUAUUGUCUAGAAGAUUUCAGCGCGCCGUUCUGCCCAAAGACGAGCGGUCUUCUCGAAGGUGACGAACGCUGCUGUCUAGAUAAGCAAUAUGAGGCAGCGGCUACCACCACGCCGAGAAUACAACGACCAAGCCGGCCAAGACCCGGGAGCAGACUGAGAGCGGCCAGGAUUAAACCAGGACAAUAA